AUGGCUGCCUUGCUGGAUUCCCAGAACCGUUACAUUUGUGGUGGAUUCCUCGUGGGAGAACAGUGGGUCAUGACUUCUGCACGCUGCACAAAUUUUGAUAAGGUUGUCCUGGGAGCACAUUACCCCACAUUUGCCAUAACGUAUCACAGCAUGGCCAAAUCCUACAAGCACGAAAAUUAUACGUUUAAGGAUAGCACCUUUUCAAAUGAUAUCCGUCUGCUCAAGCUGCAGUCAAAGGUUCGUCUGAAUGAAAACAUUCACAUCCUGCCAUUGCCAACAUCUAGCAGUGACCUCUCUGAGGGGACAGCCUGCAGUGUGGCCGGCUGGAGCCCGAAUCAGGAAGAUUGCCCAUAUAUGCCCUAUGAGGCCGACGGGGAGAUGGGUGAUCCUUUGGUGUGCAAUGGCGUAGCGCAUGGAAUCCUCUCCUACAGCAACCCCUGCCCUCCUGCCGUUUACACUCGCAUCGCCCAGUACCUUCCUUGGAUCAGGAAACCAUGGCCAAGUGAAGAGGAGAAGGAAGACCUCCUCCUUCUUCUUGCCUUUAAUGCUUCUGCUUGCUACAUAAGCCGUUUGGCUUGAAUCCUGCAACCACACACACACACACUGACCCCCUCAACAGCUGCAAACGUAUCAGGUGUUUCGUACACAAUUCGGUUUCCACAAGUUCCUUCAGUCCCUCCCCAACCCCUUCAAGAAAACCGCUCACCUCCUUUCCCUGACCGCGUUCCCCAUCGUACCUCUUCCCUCAAACUUCACUGCUCCAUCUCUCUCCUCUGAAAAAAGAUGCCCUUCUUCUCCUUUAGAACUGUUCUGUCCCUUCUCUCUCCCUGUCCCCAUACGGCCGGAACAAUCUCUCAGAGCACCAUACGCCUCUGUCUCCCUGAAGCGACUCCUCCUACCCUGCCUGGUUUCUCCUAAGGCAGGGAAAAGGGACCUCUGGCCUUCUCGAUGUUGCUGAGAUGCAACUCCCGUUAUCCCUGGCCAUUGGCCAUGUUUGCUGCAGUUGAUGGGAAUCCAGCAAUCUUUGGAGGACCAAAGAUUCCUCACUGUUG